CACCAAGUCGGACAAAAAGCUGCAGCACACCUUGGUCCAGAGCGAGGUUUCGAUUCUAAUAAAGUAUUUUCACCUUUUCUGACAUUCAAAUGUCAUGUCAGUUUGCUAUUUAGUUACGUCCCACAUGUUUAAGUCUACUUCUUUUGGCUAGUCUCGUAAUUUCUAUAUGUUCUUGAAUGACGUAACUAUCAAUAAAUGUCCUUGGAUGAGUGGCUAGCUAACAGUGGGAGGAGAGGAUUCUAGCAGCUCGCACUCAUUCAUUGAUUCAAAGUCAUCAUGGCAGAACAAAGCCUACUGGAAACUGAGGCGAUACAAUGUGACGUUAAUGCUAAAGACACCGGCUUCAAAAAACGUUUAGGACUGAUCGCAACUGGAAUUGUCGGGGGGUCAUUGGUUGCCCUUUACGCUGUUGCAGGUCCAUUUGUUGCACCUGCUUUGAGAAAGGUGUGCCUACCUUAUGUUCCCGCAACUACAGCACAGGUGGAAAAUGUCCUGAAAGUGCUGCAGGCGAGAUCUGGAUCCCUCGUGGACAUCGGAAGUGGGGAUGGAAGAAUAGUGAUAGCAGCUGCAAAGAAAGGAUUUCGAGCUGUUGGAUUUGAGUUGAAUCCAUGGUUGGUGUGGUACUCCCGUUACAGAGCUUGGAGAGCAGGUGUUCAUCAUUCUACUUCCUUCCACAUAUCAGAUUUAUGGAAGGUCAGCUUUAAUCAGUACUCGAAUGUUGUCAUAUUUGGAGUACCUCAGAUGAUGGAUAAGUUGGAGGGCAAACUGCAGACAGAACUACAGAGCACAGCUAAAGUGGUGGCCUGCCGUUUCCCUUUUCCCACCUGGGCACCUGAUGGCACCGCUGGAGAAGGAAUAGACACUGUGUGGGUAUACGAUGCAGAGUCGUUCAAAACAGAAAGAGGAACACAUCAGGGACAUUUUGUAACUCCACAUCAGUCCCUGGGCAAUGAUGACACUAAGUCAUACUAAUUGUGUUCAUCCCUGAAUGCCUCAGGGAUUUGUUGCUUUGAAAAUCAUUUCCAGGAUGUUAUCAAAUGUGUGAGAGUCAGUAAUAAAAAAAAUGGUGAUAACUUAAGCAAAUUCCCCAUCU